CUCCAUACUAGUACCAGCCACUUUUCCCAAUGGCCCCUAAGAAAGCCCCUAAGACUGAGGAGCCCCUCCAACUUGGUCCCCAGGUCCGUGAGGGUGAGCUCGUGUUCGGUGUUGCCCACAUCUACGCUUCCUUCAACGAUACUUUCAUCCACGUCACUGAUGUGUCCGGUCGCGAGACCUUGGUCCGUGUCACUGGUGGUAUGAAGGUGAAGGCCGAUCGUGAUGAGUCCUCUCCCUACGCUGCCAUGCUUGCCGCUCAGGACGUCGCCGUCAGGUGCAAGGAGCUCGGUGUCAACGCUCUUCACAUCAAGCUGCGUGCCACUGGUGGUACCAAGACCAAGACCCCCGGCCCUGGUGCCCAGGCUGCCCUCCGUGCCCUCGCCCGUGCUGGUAUGAAGAUCGGCCGUAUCGAGGAUGUUACCCCCAUUCCCACCGAUUCCACCAGGAAGAAGUGCGGUCGCCGUGGUCGCAGGUUGUAAGCUGCUGACUUCUGCAGCUUGCUGCCUCUGUUGGUUCUGUUUGUAUGGUUGUCGUUAUAACGACUCUGGCCCGUUAGUUCUCACUGUGCAAGUGCUGUACUAGUCGCACGGGACGAUUCGUUUAUUACGGCUGGCUUUCUAUUGGGAACCUGGAAAAAAGAGGUCU